CUGAAUGGGUCCUUUGUGGGGUGGGGGUGGGGGGCAUUCCAAAGGGAAUACCUGCUCACAGGAACUCCCAAGAACGAGAGCACAAGAGGCGGACGAAGAAGGGGGGGCAGGAGCUUCAGUUUACCACCCAGAGCAUGUUGCACGCAGUCAGCGAGUGGCUGUGGUGGGAUCGUCUGUGGCUGCCAGCGAACGUCUCAUGGGCAGAUCUAGAUGACCACGAGGGUCGCGUCUACGCCAAAGCCUCGCAACUUUACGCCGUGCUGCCCUAUGCUGUCUGCCUUCUGCUGGUCAGGUUCCUCUUUGAGAGAUCUAUGGCCUCGCCGCUAGCUGACGUCUGGGGCGUUAAAGAUCAGAUACGUCAUCGUGUGGAACAAAAUGCCAUCCUGGAGAACUACUUCUGCAAACGAGCGCAUGUUCCGUCACAGGCGCACGUGAGGAGUCUUUGUAAGAAGACCAGCUGGCCAGAGCGCAAAGUUGAAGUCUGGUUCAGAAGGAGGAGGAACCAAGAACGUCCUGGUCUUCGGAAGAGAUUCUGCGAGGCCAGUUGGAGAUGUGUGUUCUAUUUUUUUGCAUUUGUAGGGGGAGUCCUCGCCCUCCAUGACAAACCCUGGUUGUACAACAUCAAGGAGGUGUGGGCAGGUUUCCCUAAGCAGUCUCUGCUGCCAUCCCAGUACUGGUAUUACUUCCUGGAAAUGGGCUUCUACCUUUCACUCCUCCUCAGCCUCACCUUUGACGUGAAACGGAAGGACUUCAGGGAGCAGGUGAUCCAUCACAUUGCUACGCUAACUCUCCUGGCCUUCUCCUGGAUCUCCAACUACAUCCGAGUCGGCACCAUCGUCAUGGCGCUGCACGACUCUGCGGACAUCCUGCUCGAGGGCGCGAAGGUGCUGAACUACGCCAGGUGGCGUCAGACCGCCAACGCCAUGUUCGUGGUCUUCACCUUGCUCUUCACGCUGACCAGACUGGUGCUCUUCCCACUCUGGGUGAUCCACUGCACGUGUGUGUAUCCGCUGGAGAGGUUCGCUCCCUUCUUCGGCUACUACUUCUUCAACGCCAUGCUGAUGGUGCUGCUGGUGCUCCACCUCUACUGGGCCGUGCUCAUAUACAAAAUGCUCUACAAGUGCCUCUUCACCAAGCUGGAAGGCGACGACAGGAGCGAUGAAGAGGAGGACGACAGUGACUCGCCAAAGGAGACGAGCUACACAUGCCGUCACAUCAACGGCGUGGGGGUCCGAGGGCGGGCCAGCGGUCAUUGAUGACCUCAAUCCGAAGUGAACGUUCUUUUGGAAGGACUCCCGCUGGACUCUCUGGGAUGUUUUUGCACAGGAAAAUACGAUUUUCGUCAAAGAACUGAAGGAUGAGCCAUGACCUGAUAUGAAGCAACAUGUUAGCGACGCUUGAUAGAUGCUGACCUUUUAAGGACCCAAGUUGUCACUGACGAUAUCAACCAGGGGUGUCCAGAGUGCAGCCCAAAGCAAUUUUAAAAAAAAUGUAUUUAAAAAAUACUUUUAUUAAAAAUUGGAUUUGAAUAACAAACCGGUAACAAGAAAAUGUUGCAAUAUUGACGCAAAUAAAACAUACCUGCCA